GUUAAAUCUAGCUACUAAUGUGAGAUUUCUGUGAAGCUAUAAAAGUUUUUUUGUCUAAAUUGGUCUUGCAUGCAACAUGCUAUCCGGUGCACUCUCGUGAACUGUAGUUGUCAGUGUUUCAAACCUGGGAAAAUAAAUCAGCGACAAUGUGACCAAUGCCGGCAUGGAUGGGUAGCACAUGCCCUGAGCAAACUAAGGAUUCCAAACCUCUACCCAUCAAGCCAAGUAGAAAUAGUUCAAUCCAAUGUUGUCUUUGAUAUCAGUAGCCUCAUGUUGUACGGAACCCAAGCCGUUCCUGUGCGCCUUAAAAUUCUGCUUGAUCGGCUUUUCAGUGUUCUGAAGCAGGAAGAGGUGAUACAGAUUCUCCAUGCUCUGGAUUGGACACUGCAGGAUUAUAUACGUGGAUAUGUGCUACAGGAUGCUUCAGGAAAGGUGUUGGAUCACUGGAGCAUAAUGACCACUGAAGAAGAACUGGCUACUCUGCAGCAGUUCCUUCGCUUUGGAGAAACUAAGUCCAUUGUAGAGUUAAUGGCAAUUCAAGAGAAAGAAGGGCAGUCGAUCAUAAUACCACCACCAACUGCCAAUUUGGAUAUUAGGGCAUUCAUUGAGAGCUGCAACCCACACAGUCCUAAUUUUUCUGCUUCCUUGGACAAAAUGAGUCCCACCAGCAUUCAUCCCUUUGAGAAUAUUGUAAAUAGCAUGGCUUUCAUGCUGCCGUUUCAGUUCUUCAGUCCAGUGCCUCCACCUUUGAUAGGCUCACCACCAGAAAGACAUUUGAUUGAGCAAGGUCAAGACCAUAGCAACGAAACCAAACAAGAUCUUCAGAUACCAUUUUCUGAAAACAGUUUCUUAACUUCUAGUUCCACACCGUUUCAAGUUGAAAAUGAGAGGAGCAUAAAUGGUCCAGAUAUCACUAAAACAGAAGAUGAUGCCCUUUUAAGUGAUUCCAGUUCACAUAAUACAGCAGCCAAGCUUGAAAUGACAGCACUAUCACCAGAAAACAAAAUGAAAUCUGUUGAAAAGAAUUCUGGGCCUAGGAAAGGGCGUGUCUUCUGCACUGCAUGUGAAAAAACAUUUUACGAUAAAGGUACUUUGAAAAUACAUUACAAUGCUGUUCAUCUGAAGAUAAAGCACAAAUGCACCAUUGAGGGCUGCAAUAUGGUGUUUAGCUCAUUGCGUAGUCGAAAUCGACAUAGUGCAAAUCCUAACCCCAGACUCCAUAUGCCAAUGAACAGAAAUAACAGGGAUAAAGAUCUAAGAAAUGGUUUGACCAUUGCUGGACCUGGAGAUAGUAAAAGGACAGAAUUCACAAUUUUAACUCCGGAUAGCAGAACUAUUUCCAACUAUGCCAGCUCUUGUACAGAUUCAAAAGGCCAGGUGGGAUUUUCCAGUAUUGGACAUAAUGGUGUCCUCUUUCCAAACCUGAAGACAGUACAGCCCGUUCUUCCUUUUUACCGUAGUCCAGUCACACCAGCUGAGCUUGCCAAUACUCCGGGUACUCUUCCUUCUCUGCCUCUUGUUUCUUCCUCAAUACCAGAGCAGCUUGUUUCCAAUGAAUUGCCAUUUGACGUGCUUCCCAAGAAGAAGUCUCGUAAGUCCAGUAUGCCCAUUAAGAUAGAGAAAGAAGCUGUUGAGACACCCAAUGAAAGUAGCGAUGUUGCCAGUUCUGAAGAUGAUUCACGCCUGCAGGGGGUAAGCGAUGGAGAGCUUGAGACCUGUGAGCAUAAGAUAGAGAAGCGGGUGACCGACAGGGUGGAAAAGCACCCCCAUUCAGGUAAUUCAUGGAAAUCUCUCUCUGGGGUAGAGGGCCCAAAGUAUUUUGAAUCUGUCUUUGCACCAAAUAACAAAUACAUCGAGGAUAUCUCUGAGAAUGAAUUGCAACACUGUGAGAAAGAGGUUAAACCAGAAGAAAACCAACCAUUAAAAAUAGUUUCCCAUGAGAUUAUAUAUGAAGAUCCAAAACACCACCACAGUGAUGUUAUAAAACCAGUGACUGAACCCCCCAUGUAUAUUAAAGAGCAGUCAAACCACAGGAUUCCUAAAAAUGACUGCCCUGAAUUGCAACACCACUUGCUGACCGGGGGCUUUUUCAGCACUUUGUCAAACAGGGGUGCUGCCAUUCCUUGUUUUGAAGACUCUAAAGAUAUGGAUCAUGUCAGUCAACAUGCACUAGGGAUUCAGAAGGAAGAAAGCCGCUUUCAUUGUGACAUCUGUAAGAAGACUUUUAAAAACCCUUACAGUGUAAAAAUGCAUUUCAAAAAUGUACAUCUCAAAGAAAUGCAUAUUUGCACAGUUGAGGGCUGUAAUGCUGCUUUCCCUUCUCGUAGAAGUCGAGACAGACAUAGUUCAAACCUAAAUCUUCAUCAUAAACUUCUGACUAAAGAUACACUGGAAUUCAACAACCAUUUCAAUGCAACAUACCUCUUGAAAGACAUGGCUAAGGAGUUUUGCCAAGAUGACUCUUUAAAACAACACGUUGGACGUACUUCUGUAAUCUUCAAAGGAAUGAACAGAACAGGCAGCUACAUUUUUCCAAUGAGCAAAAUUGCAGAACCCUGUUCUGAGAGUUAUGGAUAUGAUCCAUUAAAUGAUGGAGCUGUUCUGGAUCUAAGCACUACUUCCAGCAUUAAAUCUGAAAGCAGUGCUCAUUCUUCUUGGGAUUCUGAUGGAGGAAGUGAAAUAUGCACCAUGCCCUUGGAUGAUAGUGAUGAAAGCUGUGAAGGACCCAGCCUAAUGCCCAAUGAUGAUCUCUACCAAGACUGUACUCUAAUUGAGAAAGCUAAUCAAAACUUUAUAAACUUACCUUCCAGUUUGCCAAUAACUUGUCAUAUAUGUCAAAAAACAUACAGUAAUAAAGGAACUUUCAGGGCUCAUUACAAAACUGUGCAUCUCCGCCAGCUCCACAAAUGCAAAGUCCCAGGUUGCAACACAAUGUUUUCAUCUGUUCGCAGUCGGAACAGGCACAGUCAAAACCCCAAUCUGCACAAAAGUCUGGCUGGGUCACCAACUAGCUUACAGUAA